CCUCCCACCAAUAAUUUCUCAUCUUUCGUGAAGGCAGAUAAACGCCAUUUAUUUUAUGUUGAUAUUGUAAUAAACUGCUGUUAAGACGCUAUCGUAAAUUGUAGUUUUAAUUCACAAAUAAAAUGGUUGAUAAAAUUGAAAUGAGUUUAGACGAUAUUAUUAAAACAAAUCGGCAUCAAAGAGGACGAGGCGGCAGAAGAGGUGGACGAGGUCGCGGAGGAGGCAGUGGCGGACAACGCCGUGGUGGAAAUUUUAGAAAUUCUACUCGUUCAAGUGGUGGAAAUAUACAAAGAGGUCGCGGACGUGGUGGAAUAUCACGAAAUUACACGCGGGGAGAUGUUAACAGUGCAUGGAAGCAUGAUCUAUUUGAGGGCUACGGUCCCAGAAAAGUUGCAGCAGCUCGAGCAACUGUACAAGCGACAAUGGGACCUACAAAACUCAUGGUUUCUAAUCUAGAUUUUGGAGUUUCUGAUUCUGACAUACAAGAACUAUUUGCUGAAUUCGGACCACUAAAAAGUGCUGCAGUACACUAUGAUAGAUCUGGACGAUCUUUGGGAACAGCCGAUGUUAUAUUUGAAAGAAGAAGUGAUGCAAUCAAAGCAAUGAAACAGUACAAUGGCGUGCCUCUAGAUGGGAGAGCUAUGAAUAUACAACUUACAACAUCAGAAAUUCCUAGUCCUAUGAGACGAAGUGGAGGGAAUGACAGGAAGUUCCAAAGUAGGAGUCCUAGGGGAAAUAAAUCUCGAGUUCCCAGAGGAGCUCGAGGUGGUCGCAAUCAAAGGAAUUCAAGAAAACAACCCACAGCUGAAGAGUUGGAUGCAGAGUUAGAUGCUUAUACAAAAGAAAUGAAGUAACAUUCACUAAUUUGAGUUAUAUCAUUAGAAUCAGGGGUGACUCCUUUUAUAAGUUUUGUGUGAAACUUUAUUUUUUUUUAGGACUUUCUUCAUUAUACCAUCUGUAAAAUAACACCUUUAUUUUAUACUGAAUGUUUCUUUUAAAUUUAAAAUUUGACAGAGGGUAAUUAAUUAUGUAUAACUUGUUAAUUGUAAAUUUUAUUAUUAGGGUACAUGUAAGUUAAUUUAGAAAAUAGUUUGUAAUAAAUAAAUUAAAACAGUUUGUUGCUAUUUUAUUUCUUGAGCAAUUCAGUUUUUGAAGGCUAAUUUGAACAAGAAAAUAUUGUGUUAUUAUUUUUUGCUCAAAAAAAAUAAAGAAAAUUGAAACUAUGAGUUAAUAAAACAGAAAAAGAUCAAUUAUUGAAA